AUGAUCCUCCCCGAAGGAUACGUCGCCGGCUUCGUCUGCACGCUCGCAACAUGUGACGUGAAACUCUGGGGCUUCAUCCACUACCAGCCCUCCCUCGUCGGCAACAUCCUCUUCCUCGUGUUGCUCGACCUGCUCGCGCUCGCACAACUCGUCCUCGGAAUCAAAUACAAGACUGGUCUAGUAUGCGUCUCGAUGCUUCUUGGUCUAGCGUGUGAAUCUCUGGGUUACGUCGCGCGGAUCCUGCUGCAUUACGAUCCGUUUAAUCGGGCGUAUUUCCUGUGGUACUUGAUCACUCUGACACUUGGGCCGGUGUUUAUUGCUGCGGCAAUUUAUUUGUGUCUUGGUCGCAUUGUGAUGGUGUAUGGGGAGGGAAUGAGUAGGAUUCGGGCCAGGUCGUAUACGGUGAUAUUUAUGGCUUGUGACUUGAUAAGUUUGGUAGUGCAGGCUGGUGGAGGUGGACUUGCUGCUUCGGUGCCGUUGUGGAAUCAGAAUCUGAUUGAUAUCGGUACCAACAUUCUUGUUGCAGGUUUAUCAUUCCAGGUUGCGAGCUUGUUUGCUUUCCUGGUCUGCAGUGCCGACUUUCUUCUUCGCGUAAGGAAGCGCAAGGAUGAACGGAAGGUUGAGAAUGCAGACUUGUACAACGACAGAAAGUUCAAGUUGUUCUUGGUCUCUCUCGCGUUCGCAACCCUCUGCCUCUUUGUCCGAACCGUCUUCCGAUCAGUCGAAUUGAGUGAAGGCUUCUCCGGUCGCCUAGCCAACAGCGAAGUACAAUUCAUGGUCUUGGAUGGAGUGAUGGUCAUUCUCGCCAGUACAGCUUUAACUGUGAUGCAUCCUGGGUUUGCAUUUGGAAACAAGUGGGCAGUUGGAAAAUUCAAGUUCAGGAAAGAGAAGACUGUCGAGGAAGAUGGCCCAACAGAGACCGGAGAGAAAACUGGACCAUCGGUCAUAGAGUCUCCAGUCACCGAACUUAGAUGA